UUCGAAGCCAAAAAAAAAAAAAAAAGAAAGAAAAAAAAAAGAAAAAAGAAGAGGAGUCGUCGCUAUAUUUACCUCUCUGCCAUCGUAGCUCCUCCCGACGAUUCAUCCAAGCGAAAAAAAUGAAUAAAUAAAAAUAAAAACAAAUAAAAGGGUCACCGGAUCGCGCCUCCUCCUCCCCCCAUUCUCCUUCAAAAUUCUCCUCCUCUAGGUUUCGCCUCGUCGAUCUCCGGAUCUCCUCAUCGCCUCGCGGUUUCCCGCGGAAAAAUGGAGAUUUAAUGAAGUAGAACUUGGAGUUCUAUUGAGAUUUUGAGUUUAUUUGAUCAGCUGAUGAUGUUGUUGUUUGUUUUGUUAUUUGAUGAUGCAGCCUCUCAGACUAGAGAUCAAGAGGAAACUCGUGCAAAGAUCAGAAAGGGUGAAAUCUGUAGAUCUGCAUCCAACAGAGCCAUGGAUUCUGGCGAGUCUUUAUUCUGGAAGUGUUUGCAUCUGGGACUAUCAAUCACAGACUAUGGUGAAAUCAUUUGAAGUCACUGAACUACCAGUGCGCUCUGCUAAGUUUAUUGUACGCAAGCAGUGGGUUGUGGCUGGCGCUGAUGAUAUGUUCAUUCGUGUAUACAACUAUAAUACAAUGGACAAAAUUAAAGAUUUUGAGGCUCAUACCGAUUACAUAAGGUGUGUGGCUGUCCAUCCGACCCUUCCAUAUGUGUUGUCAUCAUCUGAUGACAUGCUGAUUAAGCUUUGGGACUGGGAUAAGGGUUGGAUAUGUACUCAAAUUUUUGAGGGUCACUCUCACUAUGUGAUGCAAGUCACUUUUAACCCAAAAGAUACCAAUACUUUCGCAAGUGCCUCGCUAGAUCGCACGAUUAAGAUAUGGAAUCUUGGUUCUCCGGAUCCAAACUUUACACUAGAGGCCCAUUCAAAGGGUGUAAAUUGUGUCGAUUACUUUACUGGUGGUGAUAGGCCAUAUUUGAUUACUGGUUCUGAUGAUCAGACUGCGAAGAUCUGGGAUUACCAAACAAAGAGCUGUGUUCAGACACUUGAAGGUCAUACACAUAAUGUUUCGGCUGUCUGCUUCCAUCCUGACCUUCCCAUUAUAAUUACUGGCUCAGAGGAUGGGACUCUUCGCAUAUGGCAUGCAACUACUUAUAGGCUGGAGAAUACACUCAACUAUGCCCUUGAGCGGGUUUGGGCUGUAGGAUGCAUGAAAGGUUCAAGAAGGGUGGUAAUUGGAUAUGAUGAAGGAACUGUCAUGAUAAAAAUUGGCCGUGAAGAACCUGUUGCUAGCAUGGAUAACAGUGGCAAAAUUAUAUGGGCAAAGCAUAAUGAAAUUCAAACAGUUAAUAUCAAGACAGUUGGGGCAGACUUUGAGGUUACAGAUGGAGAAAGACUGCCACUGGCUGUGAAGGAGUUAGGAAGCUGUGAUCUUUACCCUCAAAGCUUGAAACAUAAUCCAAAUGGGCGAUUUGUUGUCGUUUGCGGGGAUGGGGAGUAUGUCAUAUAUACUGCAUUAGCUUGGAGAAACAGAUCUUUCGGGUCUGCCUUGGAGUUUGUUUGGUCGUCUGACGGAGAAUAUGCUGUCCGAGAAAGUACUUCCAGAAUAAAGAUUUAUAGUAAAAAUUUCCAGGAGAAGAAAUGUAUCAGGCCAACCUUUUCUGCAGAGCAUAUUUUUGGGGGAGUAUUGUUGGCAAUGUACUCCAAUGACUUUAUAUGCUUUUAUGACUGGGCUGAGUGCAGACUGAUACGCCGUAUUGAUGUUAAUGUUAAAAAUCUCUAUUGGGCGGAUAGUGGUGACUUAGUGGCGAUAGCAGGUGAUACAUCAUUCUACAUCCUAAAGUACAAUAGAGAUGUUGUUUCUUCUUAUCUAGAAAGCAGAAAGCCAGCGGAUGAGGAAGGUGUAGAAGAUGCCUUUGAGCUUCUUCAUGAGAUCAAUGAACGGGUCCGAACUGGGAUAUGGGUUGGGGACUGCUUCAUUUACAAUAAUUCUUCAUCUCGACUGAAUUAUUGUGUUGGCGGGGAGGUCACUACCAUGUUUCACUUGGAUCGGCCUAUGUACUUAUUAGGAUAUCUUGCAAGCCAAAGUCGAGUCUAUCUUAUUGACAAGGAGUUAAAUGUUAUGGGUUACACAUUACUUCUUGGUAUGAUCGAGUACAAAACCCUUGUGAUGCGUGGGGAUAUGGACAGUGCAAAUAAUACUUUGCUGUCAAUACCAAAGGAACAUCACAAUAGUGUGGCACAUUUCUUAGAGUCCCGAGGCAUGGUAGAGGAGGCUUUCGAAAUAGCUACUGAUCCUAUUUAUAGGUUUGACCUAUCUGUGCAACUUGGGAAAUUGGACAAUGCAAAGGCAAUUGCGAUUGAACUACAAAGUGAAUCUAAGUGGAAGCAGUUAGGUGAACUAGCUUUGUCCAUUGGGAAGUUAGAGAUGGCCGAGGAGUGUUUAUCACACGCUAGGGAUUUGAGCAGCUUAUUGCUUCUCUACUCGGCUCUUGGGGAUGCUGAGGGAAUAACUAGACUUGCAGAUCUUGCUGAAGAACAAGGGAAGAAAAAUGUUGCUUUCCUUUGCCUCUUUUUGCUUGGUAAAUUAGAAGAGUGCCUUCACUUGUUAGUUGACAGCAAGCGUAUACCGGAGGCUGCAUUAAUGGCACGAUCUUAUCUUCCUAGCAAAGUCUCUGAGAUUGUAGCAACAUGGAAAAAUGAUCUUCAUAAAGUCAACCCAAAAGCUGCAGAGUCUUUGGCCGAUCCAGCCGAGUACCCAAAUUUGUUUGAAGAUUGGCAGGUUGCUCUUGCUGUUGAAGCUAGUCUUUCCUCCAAAAGGGGUAACUAUCCAUGUGCUGAGGAGUACUUAAACUAUGCUGAAAAGUCGAAGAUAAGUCUUGUGGAUGCUUUCAAAGAAAUGCAAAUUGCUGAAGAGGCCUUACCAGCUGAAAAUGGUGAUUUGGUUCAUGAGGUGAUGAAAGAGAAUGGAGAUGAGGAAUAUCAGGAAGAAGCCAUUGAAGUUGACGCUGAUGGUUCCACAGAUGGCGUUAUCACUGUAAACGGGAAUGAGGAUGAGGAAUGAAGUCUCUCAUCCUAAAGUCAAAUUGGUUUGGCAAGUUGCAUGUCUAAAAUCAAGAGGGACUUAACAAGACAAGGUGCGGUUAUUUCCCAUCUUCUUAAGGUUGCCGCUGGAAGAGUACCUUCUACUAACCUUUAUCUCCAUUCACCCCUAAGGAUCUCGAGUGAGAUCUUACAAACCGAGCGGAAUCCAAGUGUCGGCACAAACAGUCAAUCGGUAAUUGGCUUCAUGCCAAAAGCUUUCUCUAUCAUUUGAUUGCUAGGACAUGUAGAGUCAUAAAUAUCAUAGCCUUUUUUUUGUCCAUCUAGCGAACAAUUUUCCCCAAGGCACCGUCCCUUAAUUUUUUUGGCUUUGAUUUGUCAUUCUUUGUGGUUAAUAGUUGUUUGAUGAGAAUAGGUACCAUAUUAUGCAAUAUACACCACCAAAUCUCGUUUCCUUUUCCCCAGUGCGAAAGAGACCCAAUCAUUUGAGCUGUAGUUGUGGAAUUACCUAAUACAUACCCACAUUGAUUAACAAA